AGGUGUAUGUGUUCUCACUGCAUUCUGAGGACUGCAGGGGUCAAGGCCAAGAAGCUUUUCCUCAGAAGCCAGAAUGGCUACAACCUCAAGCUCUCAGUUGGAGAAUAUACUCAGCGCAGUGUUAAAGAGUGGAGAUGUCCGGCCCCUCCACGAGUUCUUGGAGAUGAACGCAUAUAAAGGCGUCUCUAUCAACUGUUCCAAACAGUUCCUGAAUAAAUUGGAUAAACUUGUCAGCAGUAGCUUGGAUAAAAAAGAAACCAGAUCAGCCUGUUUGGGUUUUGAAAGCCUCCACAAAUGUGGGAAAGAUCUGAAGUUACCUGGUGGGCAAGGAGUCUCAGGUUUAAUUUCUCAGGGGCUAAUUCAGAAGAUGGUGCAGUGGUUUGAAAAAUGCAGGAAACUAUGGAUCCAACAAGGUCCACAUUGGGAUAAAACCAUGUAUGUCCUCUGUGAGAACUUCCUAAAUGUCUUAAUGAUGGUUCAUGAGUCAUGCAAAGAGGGAACAUCUGAAGUCACUGACUCCUUCCUGUAUCCGGUCGGCCAGUUAGCAGUAGACCCCAGAAUAUACAUUCUGAUCCAGAAAGAGGCAAUUCGUAAAUACAACAUCAUUCUGGAUAAAAUGCCACUGGAUUUUAAGAAGAACAGGAGACUCCUUUCAUCCCAAGAGGCGUCUGAUAUCAUGACCAAACUGGCAGGUCGGAUUCUGGACAGUGGUGAUUAUGACAUGCAGUCAUCCCUGAUGGAGGCAUUAUUCAGAAUGGUGACCCCUGAUCAGAGGAGGAAGCUUGCAGACCGAUGGUUCAGCAUGGGGCAUGUGGCCACUGCUUUUGCCCAGAUCAGUGAUUCAGAGUUUGAAACGGCUUGCAGAAGGUUUCUGAACAUGGUGAAUGGGAUGCAAGGAGACAAAAGAAGAGUGUGCUCUUACCCUUGUUUGAAAGUUUAUUUGGGCAAAUAUGAGCUGCUGAUGCCAUCUGAUGAAAAACUUGAGGAAUUCUGGAUUGACUUCAACCUCGGCAGCAGGAGCAUCUCCUUUUAUUUUUCUUUACCUGAUGAAGAGGAUGCUCACUGGGAAACAGUGUGCAUUGAUGAGCAUGAAGUCCAAAGCUACACAGUCACAGAGGUGGGCAAGAGGCAAAUCUUGCAGAUAAAGCUGUCAGAGGUGAUUGUUAUUGACUCAGUGGAAGGAUCCAUUCUCUGCAUCCAAUUUAGCUCCUCAUUGGACAUACUGCAAGCUGCUCAAAAUGUUUUUGGGAAUGACAAAAACAAAAGCAUCCAUGAAGUGAAAGCUGCAGUUAAAGCCACAGAGGCAGAUAACAUUGCCCAGCAAUCUUCACAGGUGGUUCCAGAGAGCCAGGUGUCUCUUGGUGAAACUGAGAAAACCCCUGCACCCUACGACCUGCCCACCGCAACUGCACAGAUGGUGACCCCUGCUAAAAAGAGGAUGUCAGAGUCCACAACCUAUAUAAGCAGCAAUGAGAGAGGAAGUGUGAAGACUAGCAGUUUUCUUCCAGAUAAAUCAUCAACGAAAAACAACAGCAAGAUCCCAAUGGUGAAGCUCUCUGUGUGUGGCACAACUAUCAUGAACUGCAGCACUAACACAACUCCACACAGUACAAAUAUGGUUGACAAGAGCGGGCAGCUCUAUCUGACUACUUUACUUUCAGAGACCUAUUUUGUACCUGACACACAGCCCAGCUCAGCAUGUAACACGAAAUCAAACUGGAGCAAAUUAUCCAUGUCUGAAAUGCUAACAAUGCCAACUCAGAAAAUGGGAUCAGUACCGGAGCCUAAUUGGGGUACUUUUGAACCCCAGAAGCACUGCACUUCCUCAGGACGGAUGUCAGUUCCUGCCUCAAGUCUUAAGCUCCAACAGCAAUUCCAUAAUGAACUCACUGAGCGCCUUCAGAAGGUCCUUAAUGAUGUGAGCAAAGAUCCUCCCCGACAGGAAUCAACUGAUCAACAGAGAAAAACUUCUGAUUCCAAAAGGGGCUCUGACAAAACAAAGUUAUACAACACACGUGGUUCCAAGAGUGUUCCAAAAAUACAAAAUACUCAGAGAACCAGUCUCUCAAAAAACGCAAAAAGAGAAGAGAUGUCACUUCAGGUGGACAUUGGUCCAACAAAAGCUUCAGAUAAGACCUGCACAAAUAAAACUGUUGAGGACCACAAAGAAUUUGAGGCCAAAGGUUGCAAAAAAACUGCAAUUUCAACCAAAGAAAAAAGCGACUCAAAUGUCACAGCCACCAUGAUGAAGCGUAUCUCCAGCCAUUAUGAGAUUGAAACCAAAACCCUAAGAAAAAACAGCUCAGAUAAAAGUUCUCCAAGUUGGAUCCCCCCGCUAACAGACAGACCAAUCUUUAACAAGGAGGUGAUACCUGCAUGUAGAAAAGACAAACUUGGAACCAUUAGCCUUGGAAAACUCUUAAAUUCUACCAGAGGAUCUGACAGGAAUGAUAGCUUUGCAUUCAAAGUUGAUUCACCGAUCUCCGUUAGGGGUGAGAAUCAAACCAAAUCAAGCAGUGGCUACAACAACUCUACAAUUCACACCUCAGCUAAGAAAGGACAACCUGUGGCAAAGAAGAAGCUACAUGUGAAAAAGCAUCUGUUCAGUGACACUGACACAGACAAUGCCCCGACAGAUAUCAGCUGGCUAAAAGAAUCCUCCAGAAAGUCCAAAGCUCAAGUCAUUACGUACACCAGACACGCUAAGCUCAAACCCAAAACAGCCCCACCUCAUUCUCCAGACACACCCCGAGAUUUGCAAUCAAUAUCUUCAAAAGGUGUAAAGGGCGAAAGCAAACGUAUUCAGAAGAUUAUCAAUCCUCCAAAGAAAGUGAACCAAGUAACAGAUCUCAGACCACAAGUGGCUACAAAGAGGCCUAGAAGAGCUGCAGCCACCACUACAAAAAGUUACCAGGAACCCAAAACAGAUGAGAGUGAUUCUGAAACAGAAGAGCCUCCAUCACCCAAGCAUUCAUCCACUUGUAACAUAAAGAAUCCAGAAAAGGUGAAUGGGGUUGCUACAGCAAAGAAGAAAAAGACAGCACACAAACAACCAACUGAUAUGAAACUAUCAGAGAAACAGUCUGUGUUGGAUGCUUGUCCCUUCUCCAAAGUAGAGAUUUGUUCUGCUGGGCAGCAGAGAAAGCGAGUGGAGAACUGUGCUGAAGAUCCACCUGUAAAGAAGAGUAAACAUAACCUCUAUGACCACCCUGCAGAAAAACACAGCCGGGCAGAUGGGAGCAGCUUGACAGAUUCCAAAAAAGCGCAUUUUAAG